AUGGAAGGCCUCAACCAGACAGUGACCCAUUUUGUGUUCUUGGGAUUGACCAAUAAUCGGAGCCUGGAGCUGGUUUUAUUAGUUGUUUUCUCCAUCCUCUACUUACUUAUCUUAGUGGGCAACUUCCUCAUCAUAGUGACAGUGGCUUGUGACUGCUGCCUCCACACCCCCAUGUAUUUUUUCUUGGGGAACCUCUCUUUCAUUGACAUCUGCCAUUCCUCGGUCACAAUGCCCAAGAUGCUUUUUGACUGCUUCUUCCACCAGAAAGUCAUUUCUUUUGGGGGCUGCGUCACCCAACUCUUCUUCCUUCACUUGUGUGCUUCAGCGGAGAUCUUCCUUCUGACCAUCAUGGGCUAUGACCGUUGUGUUGCCAUCUGCUACCCUUUGCAGUAUGUAAACCUGAUGAACAUGAAGAUCUGCGCGUGCCUGAUUGGCGCUUUGUGGGUGGGGGCAACUAUCCACUCCCUGAUCCAGACUGUCCUCACCAUUCAUCUCUCUUACUGUGGGCCUAAUGUCAUAGACAGCUUUUUCUGUGAUAUUCCUCCACUCAUGAAGUUGGCUUGCACGGAUAUCUACUUUAUUGGGGUUCUCAUAAUAUCCAGCAGUGGUCUGAUGUCCCUACUUUGUUUCGUGAUCUUGAUAGCUUCCUAUGCCAUCAUCCUUAUCUCACUGAAAGGGCAGACAGCUCAGGGUCGUCACAAAGCCUUCUCCACAUGUGCUGCCCACCUACUUGUGGUGGUCUUGUUCCUGGGACACUGUAUUUUCAUCUAUACUCACCCUGCUUCCAGCUUCCCAACAGACAAACUGGCUGCUGUCCUUUACACAAUGGUGACCCCUUUCCUCAACCCUGUGAUCUACACCUUGAGGAACAAAGAGGUAAAGCAUUCCAUUAAGAAACUCUGGAAUCAGAGACAGAUCUUGGCCAGGAGAUGA